CUAUGAGUGAGGUCCUUCCCGGCAGCCAUGCCGGAACUCCAGAGCCAGAGCUCCGCCUGGUCCUCCUAGGGACCAUCGGCUGUGGCAAGACCCUGUCAGGAGACACCCUCCUGGGCCAGCCCUCCUCUGCCUCUCCCGCCACCUCUGGUUCUUCCGCCAGGCUUUGCCAGCUGAGGCGUGGGGCCUCUGAGGGCCGGAGGUUAACUGUGGUGGAGGCCCCUCGCUGGUACUGGAGCGGGGGUCACAUCGAGGCUGGGGUGAGGAAGGAGACAGAGAGGGCACUGGAGCUGGCGGCCCCAGGGCCACACGUCUUCCUGCUGCUGGUUCCUGUCGGCCAGUUCACUGAGGUGGGUCUAAUAGUUGUCUAAUCGCUCAGAGGUUGUUCAGAGAGGUUCUGUUUUCUUUGUUAUUGUGUCUCUGGUGUUUUGUCAUGUAGUUUUACUAUGGUGAUGUGAGUCUUGAACUGUCUCUAUGUUCUGUGUUAUUUCCUUUUGUUGAUUUAAAUGUAUGAAAAUGUAUGCACUCACUAAACUGUAAGUCGCUCUGGAUAAGAGCGUCUGCUAAAUGACUAAAAUGUAAAUGUAAAAUGUAAUGAUGCACAUUGUCCUUACAAAUAACAUCUAUUUCCAUCAUUCUAAUUGUCCCAGGUGGAGCGCAGGGUGCCGGCUGAGCUGGAGGAGGUGUUUGGGGAGGGGGUGUUGAAACACACCCUGGUGCUAUUCACCUGUGGAGACUACCUGAUGGGCCGGGGGGCGGGACAGUACCUGGAGGGGGAGGACCCUGGGCUCAGGGAGGUGAUUGACAGGUGUGGGGGCCAAUACCACGUCAUCAACAACCGCCGACCGCAGGACAGGGAGCAGGUCAGAGAGCUGUUGGACAAGGUAACCAUGACAACCAUCACAUCUUGUAAUGAUGACAAUGGAUCCAAUUGAUGUAUGUGCUCAAUGUGCUUUACAUUGAAGGAGGAGAAGUCGCCUCUUCUACUGUCAAUUUGUAGGACCCACCCACUUUAUUGACACAUUACUUUAUUGACACAUCACGUUCAAAUACUUUAUUACUAUAUCAACGGAAUGUUGCAAAUACGUAUAACCACCCUGUUGGUAUUUGAUAUUUGAGGUACUGUGCUUUAUUGCAGGUGGAGAACAUGGUACAAAAGAACAGAGGAUGCUACAUACGACAAAACACCCUGCAGAGAGAGAUAGAAGAACGAGCGAGGGAGGGAGAGAGGGAACUGAAGGAGAAGGUGGAAGAACAAGCGAGGGAAGAGAGAGGGAACUGAGGGAGAAGGUGGAAAAACAAGCGAGGGAGAGAGAGAGGGAACUGAGGGAGAAGGUGGAAGAACAAGCGAGGGAGAGAGAGAGGGAACUGAGGGAGAAGGUGGAAGAACAAGCGAGGGAGAGGGAACUGAGGGAGAAGGUGGAAGAACAAGCGAGGGAGGGAGAGAGGGAACUGAGGGAGAAGGUGGAAGAACAAGCGAGGGAGAGAGAGAGGGAACGGAAGGAGAAGGUGAAAGAACAAGCGAGGGAGAGAGAGAGGGAACUGAAGGAGAAGGUGGAAGAACAAGCGAGGGAGAGAGAGAGGGAACUGAGGGAGAAGGUGAAAAAACAAGCGAGGGAGAUAGAGAGGGAACUGAGGGAGAAGGUGGAAGAACAAGCGGGGAGAGAGAGGGAACUGAGUGAGAGGUACAAAGUGUAGGGGGUGGAGGAGAGAGAGACUGUGCUGGAAUCAAGACACGUCAGAAACACAGAGACACGCAGAUAUUGGGGAAGCCAGAAAAGAGAGGGUACGCCUAACUCUGCUAUAGAGAGGAGAAGAGAGGAAGAGAUUGAGAGGAGAAGAAGGGAAGAGACGGAGAAGAGAAGGGAAGAGAUGGAAGAGAGAGUGACUGUGAAACCCUUGGUUAACUGUCUUCGUUCAACGCCAACACCAGAGCCACAGCAGCAUCCAACAGAGCCCCAGAAUGGUGGUCCAGCACUGUUCACGAGGAUCCCCAGUUUCCAUCUGACUGAAGGUAAAGACCCAUUUUGUGUGGAAACUGCCCACUAGUCACGCUUCGGUAUGGACUGCAGUAUUUUUACUAUAUAUGUCCAUUACUCAAACCAUGCUCAAACAAACUACUAUGACAUUGAAAGGGCAUAUGUGUGGUAAUGCACGGUUGUUACACUAGACUGUAUGUUCCGCUGUUGUAAUUGUCUUUUUUUGUCUCUAGAGGGCGCUACACUCUCACGGAUGUCCGAAGUCAAAGCAAAACCAACCCAGAAAGUUGUCAAUACCCGUAAGUCACAUAUUUCUUAGUGUAACACAACGAUAUCAGUUGUGGUGUUCUUUAACUGUUUCCCUUUUCAUCUAAAUGUGAGAAUGAUCCAAGCAUAAUGUCUGUCCUUGUCAGUCUACCACAGAAUCAACAGCUUCGGAGAGACGACAACCUCCUCUCCUUCCUCCUCUUCCAAAUCUUCCUCCCCUGUUUCUAGAACUCCUGAGGCUUCUCCCUCCACCUCCCCUCCUUCAUCCUCCACUUUAACCUCCACUUUACGUAUCUCACCUUCCGCCUCUUCACUGGUGUCUAGAACUCCAGAGCCACCCUCCUUCCCCCUUCCAUCCUCUCCUUUACCCUCCCCCUCCUCCUCCUCCUCCUACACCUCCUCCUCCUCCUCCCAGUCAGAGUUGCGUGUGGUUCUGCUGGGUAGGUCAGGGUCAGGGAAGAGUGCAGCAGGUAAUAUCAUACUCGGUCGGGAGGAGUUUGUGUCUCGACCAGACAUUACCACAGCCGUCACUCAGGACUGUCAGAAGAGGAGAGCCCUCGUUGCCGGGAGACGGGUUAGUGAUUGAUUAAUCAUUAUUACAGCUUUAUUGGGUUUCUAUUUUCUUAAUCAUUGAAUAAUAUGAGGUCUAUUGAGGUCUGUUGAAUUCUAUUGAGAUCUGCAGUUUGACUUGUUUCAAACUGAAUCCCAUCAAGUCUUGUUUCAAAUAAUGUUAUAGUGUUAAUGACUGUAAACACUUUGACACUAAAUGGUUGGGUCAAGUUGACCUUUUGCAUCAGUAGAAUCAAUGUAGUAGGGACCUCAAAUGACGAGCUACAUGCCAGUCAUUUCAGACCUCGACAAAUCAUCUUCUUCUUUAUCCUCCCUGCAGGUGGCAGUGGUGGACACUCCAGACUGGUUCCGCUCCGAGCACCCUCCAGACGUGGUCCGUUCCCAGCUGUCCUCCUGUGUGGCCCUCUCGGCCCCUGGCCCCCACGCCUUCAUCCUCUGUGUCCCCGUGGACCAACCAGCCCAGGCAGAGCUACAGGCUCUAGGGGCCCUGGAGAAAGUCUUUGGCCCCGGGGCGGUCCGUACACACACCCUGGUCCUCUUCACUCACUCCGAUCGGUUGAAGGAGAGGGGAAAGGGGGGAGUGGAAGGAGUGGAGAAGUAUAUUUCGAGCCAGAGGAGAGAUUUGUUGGAGUUGGUUGAACGAUGUGGGGAUCGGUAUCAUGUGAUGGAGAGAGGGAGUGGAGGAGAAGAGGAGGAGGAGAGGAAGAGGAGGAGUGUGAGGGAGUUACUGGAGAAGGUGGAGCAGACUGUGAGAGAGGGAGGAGGAGAGUGUUUCUCCUGUCCCCUCUUCCAGGAGGCGGAGGAUAGGGUGAGAGAGAGACAGAAGGAGAUAGCAAGGGAGAGGAGAGGAAGAGGAGAAGAGGUGGAGAGACGAGCGCUUCAUUCCUACUCCAUGCAGCCCUUGGGAGAGACAGAGGAAGAGGUGGAAGAGGAGGAGAUGGAGAGAACGAGAGAGGAGGCGGAGAAGAGUGUGAGCCCCCUGGAAUUGGAGAGUCUUCCCUUGCUCUCGUCCUCUCUCUUGUCUCCCUCGUUCAUGCGUUCCGUCUGGGAUAAAGUGGGAGGAGCACGAGCGAAGACAUUGGAUGCCAUGAAGUUUGAGAAUCUUCCCUCUCUUUCCUCUCUUCCUUCUCUCUCCUCCAUUACCCCAUCUGCUUCGUUCUCGCGUUCCGUCUGGGAUAAAAUGGGAGCUGGGGCGAAGAGUGUGAGCUCCAUUAAACUGGAGAAUCUUCCGUCUCUCUGGUCCUCCUCUGCCCCGUCUUCCUCAUUCCUUCGCUCGGUGUGGGAGAAGGUGGGUGCGGGGGCGAGUAAGGUCCCCAAGCUGACGGCUGGGGGUGCGCUGCUGGGUGGGGUGGUGGGCGUGUUCUUUGGAGGGCCCAUAGGGGGAGCUAUAGGGGCCACUGCUGGAUCUGUGUUUACUGAGGUGGGGAGAAGGAGAUUUAGCAAGAAGAAAAACUCAGCAGAAGAGACAGACGCCACAGGGAGAAUAGAGGGAGAAAUCUUUGACAAAGUGUUGAAAACCGAG